AUGAGUGAAAAGGAAGCAAUUAUCAUCAACACAUGGGGCAAUGAAGGUACUCACAGAUCAAACAAAUUGAAAUACCUAAGGAUAGGGUUCGCAACAUUACUCUUGUUAGGUAUUGCGAUGUAUACUUGUUGCACAACACUUCAGCCAACGAGCUUAUCAAGCAAUCAGUCACAUACACGAUUGAGCCAUAUUGGAAAAGCUGUUAUAAUUGAUGCCAAGCUGAUUAAUGCAAUGCAAGAAGCCGAUCAAGUUCAAGACUCAAAUGCAAAGCAGAGGGAGGAGCAAGACACAGCAAACUUUCAAAACCACGUGGUUGAAACCCCAACAACGACUGCUGACUUUUCCAAGAGGGACGACUCUUCAUCAUCUUCAUCAGACUCAGACUCAGACUCAUCUGAAACAUCUAAUCUGAAAAGCACUCCAAUCUACGAUAAACCAUGGAUGAGGUUUCUCUUUGCAUUGGGAGGAAUCAUCGUCUUGAACAUGAUUGCCAUCUGUAUUCAUCAUUUGUACCUAAUUGUAACAAGGUCACAAAACAGGUACCGAGCAUUCGAGGAAGAGAAAUCGCCAUUUUAG